UUCUAAUAGUUUUGUGUUCGCGUUCCUGUUUGCGUCUGAUCGAUUACACAUCUGAUAACUCUUUGUCUUCUUUAGAACGAAUUGUCAAAACGAAUAAUUUGUUAGUUGUUGGCAACACAACACCACUAGUUUGACAUACAGAAAAACGCACUGUAAUUCUUGCUGAAAAUUGCAGAAACAAAAUUUCAUCUGAAUUGAAGAAAGCAUUACUGAAAAUUAAAACUACAUUCGCUUAAUUAUAAUAGUGUAAUUAAAUAAGCACUCAAAAUGGUUGCUCCCAAGAAAGAUGAAAAAACUGCUGCUGAGGUGAAGAAAGACCAAGUGAAGGAAACACCGGAAAAGGAAGCAAAUAAAGAUGCUAAAGAUGAAAGUAAGGACCAGGAGCUUUCCGAUGAGGAUCAACAACUUCAAGACGAAUUGGAGAUGCUGGUUAAUCGCCUACAAGAACCCGAUAAGGCAUUGUAUUUACCAGCAUUGGAAAUGUUGGCAAAACUAAUUCGGGCUUCUACUACAUCUAUGACUUCAGUACCAAAACCAUUGAAGUUUAUGCGACCACAUUACGAGGCAAUGAAAACAAUAUAUAAACAAAUGCCUGACCAGCAAACGCGGCAAUUGUGUGCUGAUAUUAUAUCGGUGCUCUCAAUGACAAUGGGCAGUGGUAAGGAUUGUUUGGCCUAUCGUUUUCUUUGCGAUCGUUCUCAGAAAAUUGGUGAUUGGGGACACGAAUAUGUUCGCCAUUUGUCUGGGGAAAUAGCAUCGCAUUAUUUGGAUACCUCGGGUGAAUUUCAAGCACAACUCAUUGAAUUGGUGAAACAAAUUAUCCCAUACAAUAUGGAACACAAUGCUGAGGCAGAUGCUUGCGACUUAUUGAUUGAGAUAGAUCAUUUGCAUUUGUUGCAAGAUUAUGUAGACGAAUCAGCUUACCCACGAGUUUGCUUAUAUUUGCAAUCUUGCUAUCCUUAUGUACCCGAACCUGAUAAUACCAUAAUUCUGGAAACAGCGCUACAGCUGGCUCGUAAAUUUAAUCAAUAUACACAAGCAUUGCGUUUAGCAUUGAUGCUAAAUGAUAUGGAUAAAAUUUCGGAAAUAUUUAAGGAGCCUAAAGAUGCUGCUGUACAAAAGCAACUUGCUUUUAUGUUGGCACGUCAGCAAGUGUGCUUAGAAUUGGAUGAAUCUGUGCCGGAUUAUGAUGAUUUAAUGGAAAUCAUGUCUAACACGAACUUGAAUAAACAUUUUUUGAAUUUGGCACGGGAACUGGAUAUAAUGGAAGCCAAGACUCCGGAGGACAUUUAUAAAUCGCAUUUAGAUAAUGCGCGCACUCGUUUUGCUUCAAUACAGGUUGAUUCAGCGAAGCAAAAUUUGGCCGCCAGUUUUGUGAAUGGUUUUGUAAAUGCUGGUUUUGGCGUGGAUAAACUACUCUCUGAAGAUGGCAAUAAGUGGUUGUAUAAAAAUAAAGAACAUGGCAUGCUUUCAGCCACGGCUUCUCUUGGUCUCAUUUUGUUAUGGGAUGUUGAUGGUGGCUUAACUAUGAUUGACAAAUAUCUCUAUUCUACCGACGAUUACAUCAAAUCCGGUGCAUUAUUAGCUUGUGGUAUUGUUAAUUGUGGCAUUCGUAAUGAGGUUGACCCUGCCCAUGCGCUACUCGCCGAUUAUAUUGAUAAUCAGAAUACUUCAAUGCGUAUUGGUGCCAUUUUGGGUCUUGGUAUAGCCUAUGCUGGUUCUAAUCGUGCUAUUGUCAUUGAUACGUUGAAAACAGUGUUUGCUGCUAAUGGCAAAAAUGCGGCCAAUGUGGAGAUCAUGGGAAUCGCCGCAUUAUCGUUGGGCUUAAUAUCAGUAGGUUCCUGCAAUGCCGAAAUAACAGAAAUAUUACUUCAAACCAUUAUGGGUCUCUCUAAGUCUGAUCUCAAGGAUACUUACUCGCGUUUCUUAUGGUUAGGCUUGGGUCUAUUGUACUUGGGACGUCAGAAAGCAACUGAAGCAGUUAUGCUCACCCUGGAAGUACUUGAUGAACCAUAUCGUUCAAUGGCCACAACUAUGGUCGAUAUUUGUGCCUAUGCUGGUACUGGAAAUGUGUUGAAAAUACAACAGUUGUUGCAUAUUUGCUCUGAUCAUUAUGAGUCUUCAAACGCUGAUGGUGCUGAUGAAAAGGGCAAGAAGGAUAAAAAUAAGGAAAAGGAUAAGGCCGAAAAAGAGAAGGAAAAGGAGAAAGAUCUAUCCGCCACGCAAGCUAUAGCUGUUUUGGGUAUAGCUUUAAUUGCUAUGGGUGAAGACAUUGGCGCCGAGAUGGCUUUUCGCUCAUUCGGAAAUUUACUUCGCUAUUGCGAGCCCUGCAUACGUCGUGCAGUGCCACUAGCUUUGGGCUUAAUCUCUGCUUCUAAUCCUAAGCUGAAUAUAUUAGAUACAUUAAGCAAAUUCUCGCAUGACAGUGAUGCCGAAGUGGCUCACAAUGCCAUUUUCGCUAUGGGCCUUAUAGGUGCUGGCACUAACAAUGCUCGCUUAGCAUCUAUGCUACGUCAAUUAGCACAAUAUCAUUCGAAAGAUCCGAGCAAUUUGUUCAUGGUUCGCAUUGCACAAAGUCUAACACAUUUAGGUAAAGGCACAUUGACGCUUAGCCCUUACCAUAGCGAUCGCCAGCUGAUGAAUCCUAUGGCUGUAGCGGGCCUAAUGGCUACUUUAGUUUCUUUGCUGGAUGUUAAAACUUUAAUAUUGGGCCGCUCACACUACCUACUGUAUACUUUGGUGCCAGCCAUGCAGGCGCGCAUGUUAAUCACUUUCGAUGAAGAACUGAAUCAACUACAGGUGCCAGUGCGUGUUGGUAUUGCUAUCGAUGUGGUUGGUCAAGCUGGUAAACCCAAAACCAUUACCGGUUUUCAAACUCAUACAACUCCUGUACUGCUUGCGAUGGGUGAACGCGCUGAAUUGGCCACCGAUGAAUAUAUUUCGCUUACUCCAGUUAUGGAAGGUUUUGUCAUAUUGAAGAAAAAUCCCAACUUUGUGAAGUAAUGUAAUGUAUUCGAACUAUAAUUAUUUACGCUGGUAAUUUCAUAUAAUUUAAAUGUAAACGAUAAUAAAUUUAAAUUAAAUCAUUAUAUAUGAUGGAAACCAA